AUGCUCACCCUGCUCCGCAGCGGUAACAGCCCUUUCGACGGGCUUUGGGAUGCAAACGUACUCAUUCGAGUGGUUGAGGAGAAUCUCGGCGCCAAGGUGAUUGAUAUCCCGGUCGUCUACAAGGGGUCCCACAACUAUGGGUUCCUUACUUGCAAUCUUCCCAAGUUCCAGGUAGCGGUGUACAACCUCUUGCGCUCCGAGCCUAAUAUCUUGGUCUCGCGCCUGCUUUACUACCGUAUCCCAGUACAGCACGCUGGUCCCAGACUUGAUCUCCCUCGAGAUAUUGCGGGCCGUCACUUGUUCUUGUUUGAAAGAGCAGAGGGAGUGAAUAACGUAUGGCGGGAUCUCAGCCCAGAACAGAGGACCCAUCUUCUUGCUCAGUCAGUCCGUAUCCGCGCAUCGUUAUUCCACUUCAAUCUCCCGCCCGACUUCGCCGCUGUUUGGCUCCGCGAACGCCUCUUCGAGCAGAAGCCCAAGUCGCUUCCCAUUCCUGUUGCUCCGACACGCGAUGACCAUGCUACCGUAGGCCCUAUUACUGCGGCGGCCAAACAGUCUCUCUUACGCCUUGUCCCACACAUCAUACCCACAGACGGCGACCAGACGGCUCUCUGUCGCCUCGUUCUCGAGCACGGAGACUUCGGCAUUCACAACAUGUCGAUCAAGAUGGAUGCAAACGGUCAACCCCUCGUGACCCUGUAUGACUGGGAGACUGGGUGUGAGAAAGCCGCCCCUUUGUUCAUUCGAGUACCCGACGACGCGACCCCGGAUGAUCGUGUAGAGUACAUGACAUGGGCGAGGCAGUAUUUCAAGAUUCUCUUUAAUCAGGCACUAGGUUACGAACGUGCAAUCUAG